CGCGCUGGUCACGCGGGCCGGUGUUGACACUUCCGGGUGGGACCAAAGUGAGGCGGUGGUGCAGGGGCUGGCGGCUCCGGCGGCAACCAUGGCGUACAACGGCCUCACGGUGCCUCUGAUAGUGAUGAGUGUGUUCUGGGGCAUCGUCGGCUUCCUGGUGCCCUGGUUCAUCCCUAAGGGUCCCAACCGGGGAGUUAUCAUAACUAUGUUGGUGACCUGUUCAGUUUGCUGCUAUCUCUUUUGGCUGAUUGCAAUUCUGGCUCAACUCAACCCUCUCUUUGGACCACAGUUGAAAAAUGAAACCAUCUGGUAUCUCAAGCAUCACUGGCCUUGAAGAGGACCCGCUCUCCGGUGCUCCAUCAUUGAGGUCACAAAGAGAAUUCCUCUAGAUGCAACAUCACCUCCAAACCUGAUCGACCACCUUCCUUGACUCGCCUGUUUCGGCCAUCAGCUGCCUUAAACAUCUGUACCACAUCUGAAUAUCUCAUUCUACAAUGCAGUAUUUUUUUCCUCUCACCUUUUUUACACUGUGAUGAAAUAUGUGCCUCCUAAAUCUACUCUUGCUGAUGCCAUAAAAUGUUCAUGCGCUCUUCUAAAGUGGAAGGUGCGUGCCGUUCUUCUGAGAAACCCAUCACUCUCUCCUUGGAACCUGUGGAUUUGAAGAUGUAUCCAGCCUACUCGCGACAUGAGAUUCAGUGAAGUGUUUCAAAGCUGUCACAAGACACUAAGAUUCCAGUGCAGCAGCCAGUAGGAGAACAAGUUCAAGAGAACAUCUGUCCCAACAGAAGUACACCAAAGUAUAUUUUCAGGAUGAAUUUCUUAUUUCUGCCAUCUUUUGGAAUAAAUUAUUUUUCUGCUUUCUAUGGAAA